AUGUCCACAGAUACGACAGUUACCAACGAAACGGACAAUUUCCCGCUUGCAGAUGACGAAUCUCAAGGAAGUUCAAUAGAUACAGGAGGUCGGAUCCCUCGUCCGGCACAACCGUUGCCGAGAGAAGAAUCUGAUGAUCAAGAAGAAAAAGCACGACUAAUAUCACAAGUUCUCGAACUUCAAAAUACUCUGGACGAUUUGAGUCAGCGCGUCGAUAGUGUCAAAGAAGAAAGCCUAAAAUUACGAUCUGAAAAUCAAGUGCUUGGGCAAUACAUUCAGAAUCUAAUGACUUCAAGUGCUGUUUUUCAGCCUGCUCAACCAAAGGCACCGCAAACCAAGUAA